CACAGCUUCACGCGCUCUCAGCACCGCCAGCACCAGUCCAGCACCAACCGCCAAGCUCGCACUGCCGACAUGUCUGGUCGAGGCGGCCGAGGAGGCGGACGAGGAGGUCGAGGCGGGUCGGGCAAGCCCCAGGCGCCGAUAGGGCACCUCCAGUACGCCGACAUCAUCGCCACGAGCAAGGAGGGCACCGAUGUGCUGUACCCUCCGAUGGAUAUGCCCGAUACAGAGUACCCGUCCGAGCGCGAGGCGCGCAUCGCAAAGCGCUACAACACCAUGGUCAGCGAGAUGAAGUUCACCCCGUUCUGGAUCGACGCCCCGGCACGAGCGAGCACCGACAUCGAGCGCUUCUCGGACAAGUACAAGCCGCAGACGGCGAGCUCCGACAAGGCGACCACCGCGCUGCGCACGGUGCACAGCGCGAGGCUGUACGACCGCGACCUGUUGCCGCCUUCUGUCUUCGAGGCCGUCCUCGAGAGAAAGCUCAGGGCCAAGGGCAGCUCGCGAGCUGUUCGCAAGACGACCGACGGCAACAUCCUCGCGGGCGACGAUGACCAAGCCGUCGAGGAGGACGAGGACCAGUCGGAGCAAGAGGAAGAGCUGCUCGAGGAGGACGACGAGGAGGACGAGGACAACGACUACGAGGCCGAGUACUUCGACAACGGCGAGAACGACGACUUUGACGACCUUGGCGGCGGUGGCGGAGGAGGAGACGACGAAGGUGGCAUCAUGGACUAGACCGUGCUCCUUGUCUAGUGUCGACAUCGCAGCUGCACUGCAUCCCUCUUUGUGCGACGA